GUUAAGAGUGUGAGGUUUGCCCACUGUCUGCCGCAGCGAACGAAGCAAAGGACACAAUCCAGACGAACGAGUGCAUGUUACAUAUAAACGUCUGUAGUAGAGGACAUUUGCUCUCAAACGAAGACGCUCGCGGUGGUUCGCGCCAUUUUCUAUGAUUUAGUAAGAAGACGCUAGCGAGCGAGCGCUGAGAAAGGCGACAUCGAAGCAGAGGGCCCUGAGUGGGGUGCAAAUCGCCUCGCCCGCCGCUGGGUCAUCAUCAGCAACCGUCGUCGUUGUGUCCAAUCGACGUGGGCAUCCCCACGACGGCAAACAUAUAUUUGCGAGAAGACACAGGGCACAGCAACCAGUAUUUACUAUUAUUUUUUAAAUUGUAUUUUCAUUUUUUGCUCCUCUGCCGCAUCCCGGACUUUUGCUGCCUAGCAGAGUAUGCUAAAUAAUGAGCCAAAGGGACACACUGGUUCAUUUGUUCGCUGGGGGAUGUGGGGGUACAGUGGGUGCUAUUUUGACGUGUCCUCUGGAAGUGGUGAAGACCAGACUGCAGUCCUCCUCUGUUACACUUUACAUCUCUGAAGUUCAGCUCAGCACUGUAAACACAGCCAGCGUCGCCCGCGUCACUCCACCAGGACCUCUGCACUGUCUCAAGUUAAUCUUCGAGAGAGAGGGACUGCGGUCGCUCUUUCGAGGACUUGGACCCAACCUUGUCGGUGUGGCACCUUCGAGGGCGAUCUACUUUGCUGCUUAUUCAACAGCCAAGGAGAAGCUGAAUGGCGUGCUGGAGGCAGACUCCACCCAGGUGCACAUGGUGUCUGCUGGAAUGGCAGGGUUCACAGCAAUCACAGCCACCAACCCCAUUUGGCUGAUAAAGACCCGCAUGCAGUUGGACUCAAGGAACCGGGGCGAACGCCGCAUGAACGCCUUUGACUGUGUUAGGCGGGUGUACCAGAUGGACGGCUUGCGAGGUUUUUACAAGGGCAUGUCGGCGUCGUACGCAGGCAUCUCUGAGACGGUUAUCCAUUUUGUCAUCUAUGAAAGCAUCAAACGGAAGCUGCUACAGUCGAGGACUCAGACUGGCAUGGAGGCCGAGGCGGAGUAUGUCAAAGACGCCUCAGACUUUGUUGGCAUGAUGCUUGCUGCAGCCACUUCCAAAACCUGCGCCACCACCAUCGCAUACCCCCAUGAGGUCAUCCGCACAAGGCUACGAGAAGAGGGGAGCAAAUACCGCUCCUUCUUCCAAACUCUACUGACGGUGCCCAGAGAGGAGGGUUACCGGGCGCUGUACCGCGGCCUCACCACACACCUUGUCAGACAGAUUCCCAACACGGCCAUCAUGAUGUGUACCUACGAAGUGGUGGUCUACCUGUUUGGCCGUUAGCGGCCACGCCUGCGCUCCUUCCAACUGUGUACAGACUCGAAGAUGAAGGCCUUUUGGCAAGGAGCAAAUGACGACCAAAGGAAAACCCAAGAAGCUGAAGUGGACCGGCAGAGUGUAAUCAAGUCAUAUCUGAAACGUGAAAGGAGGGAAACCCUUUGGUACCAUUACAACCUGUAGACUGCGAUUUCCCGUCUUUGGCUUGACCUAAGAGAGAGAUUGCUGAAUAUUGCCUUGGGUAAGAAAGAAAGAUGCCCAAACGGAAGGAGCCUCUGAAAAAAAGUUAAUGAGCACAAUUCAGUGGCCUUAAGCGUUGUUUCUACAAGUGAGUGAUGGGUAAAUUGCUGCUUUUCAUUCAGGUAGAGAACAUUUCACAAGGGGGAAUGCUUGAAGACAACUGCAGUUGGCAGGAAGGAUGGGAACAAAAUGCGAUUGGAAUUGCAAACUUCCACUAUUCAAAGAUGAUGAAAGAUUUUUAUUUUUUUACCUGUCCGUUAUUUUCUGAUGCAAUUUUCUGUUUUUGUGUUCAGGCCAAAAAAUAGUACAGUGGGGCCUGGAGAUGAAGGCGAUAAUGGAAAAAAAAAUCACAUAAUUAACAAGACUUCAAGUUCUUUUUAAAUUGCCAGUUUAAAAAUGUCUCUACAGAAAGUUACCUUCACCAUAGAGGAAGUAGUUAGACGUCUUAUGAACUACAUUUUGAAACAAAAUGAAAGGCAAAGCGAUGUGGUUUGUUUUCAAUACACCAAGUGUAAUUCUAUUUUAUAUUUUGGCUGACUUGAUACUGGAACGACAUUAAACCGCUCCCCAUCUGCCAGAUGGCUGCGAAACAAGUUGAAUUCAAUGGCACCAUUCAAUGCAAACUAGUCAGCCAACCAAUGGCUUGCAUCUGAAAAGCUCAUUAGGCGUGUCACUUGUUUCUCAAGGCACCACUGUCCUGCUUGAGGAGCUUCAAAAGUAAUCCUUUGCUAGUAUCAGUUUAUGAGAGUCUGAGUUGAGGAAUGUUUGUCCAAUGUUGAAUGUCAAUGGAAAGGUUUCUUUUUGAAGGAGUAUCUUGCUUUUAUUCAGUCGCUAAUCUCUUGUCUUUAUGCUCCAUGACUUCAAGCAUUCCCCCUUGAAGCACCGGAUCCCUCGUAAAUACAAAUAGGACUUGAAACGGUCUGGCACUCAAACACCUUGCGAAGGACAGGGAGAAAAUCUGACCUUCCAUCUGAACUUUUUUUUUUUGCCUGGUCGUGACAAUACGAUCUGAAUUGGCGGCCACAUCCUUUAUUAAAUGUGAUUUGCGUGAUUGUCAAGAAGUACCCAAAUCUGCCACCGGCAAAUGAAUAUGCAGUGGCAGUGCGGCAGAAUAGUUUUUCCCACCAGAACCCAUAUUUGUAGAGCUGUAUUUGUGUGUCUACUACGUCGAAGAGUUGGAGUGUGGCAUCUGCAUGUGUAACAAACGACGACUAAAGAUUUCCUGCCCCUGCACUAACUUUUAAUUUCGCGAGACUGUGACUGGGAGUGAGCGUGGAUGGUUGUUCGUCUCUGUGUGCACUGUGAUUGGCUGGCAACCGAUUCAGGGUGUCCCCCGCCUACUGCCCGAAGACAGCUGGGAUAGGCUCCAGCACCCCCCGCGACCCUAGUGAGGAUCAAGCGGCUCGGAAGAUGAAUGAAUGAAUGUGACUGGGAGUGUGGAGAAGCUCCUCCCGUGUAAUAUGCGCGAGUUUCAUUCCCUCUCCUGCACCACUUCUUCCUUUCUUUGGCUUCCAGCCGAGCUGAUAACAUGCACUUUUGGGGCCUUUUGAAGGCUUGUGCUUUGCAUUCUGUUGUGUGGACAGUUGAAUUGUGUAAACACUUGUAAAAGAAGACAAAGUAUAUAAAAAAUGUAUUUUGCGCCACUGUUCUUAGAGCAAAUAUAUUGUACAGGAUUGUGAUCUCAGUAGUUGUUAUUCAUGCCGUGUGUGUGUACAUAUAAAACACUGUAUAUGAAUACCAUUGUUUUUUCGUCAUGUACGAGUUGUUGCAAUUUUUUUGUGCAAUUGACACCAAUUGUUUUGGGGUUUUUUUUUCCAAAUAUAUACGCUAAGCAUUAAUACUUAAUGAUGCUGCAGGGCAAUCACUUUUCAGUCACAUUUUUGACCAUAAGGUUGGAUUGUAUUUUGUUUUCAUUGCAGUAAUGGGUGUUCCUCAGUCAUGUUGGAAUGUCGUCAUCAUAUGUGCUGUUUACAUCUUUAUCAUGUUCAAGUCCAAGCAAUAUGCUUAUUUGCAAGUGUUAUUCAGUGUGAGUGUUUAAAAAAAGUUGUUUCAUCCUUUUAAAUUAAUUUAAUAAGUUCCUGAAAUGUGAAACCUGUUUCAUCAAAAGGAUUAUCCUAAAAGUUAACCUGAUAAUUUUUUCACCCUCAUAGGUAAAAACAAAGUAGACACGACAGCUUAUCGUUAAGAUGGUUUAUCUACAUUCUCCCCCAAUGUUUUUCAUGCCGUUGCCACAUUUCCCUUAAAAGAACAGAACAGAAAUGCAAGAAACCAAACUUAUUUAUGCAUGGUUUUUAACUCUAUUGAACAUUUAUUGCAGUAUUGUUAGAGGCCAUCAAAACCCUGCGCUGUUACUUGGGAUAAUUUGUAUUAUUUCCUCUCUCUGGUGACAUGUAGUUAACACUUAGUUGCAAAAAAAAAAAAAAAAAGAUUCUCGCCCAUGUUUUCCUUAGCCACACUCAUAGCUUUUGUCUUUUGUUCCUUCGUAGUCGAGUACUAAAGGUCAGUUACCAAAAUGUGACAUACACAAUCUGGACUGGACAGGUGCUGAUUUUUCCCUCAUUGCCAUGUUUUCAGGUCAAUGAUUUUUACCUAGAACAUGUGGACAGUGCGAAAGUUGUUUGUUUGGGUUUUUUUGGUGCCCCAAUCAUUUUUUAUUUGUUACUAAAACAGAGGAAAAUAAAAUUGUGAAAAUAA